UGUAAAACACCUCUUCACUCGUUCCACUAUACCUCUCUCCACAACAGCUUCAAAGAAAAGAUAUGUCUGUGUGUGUGUGCGCGCGCGUGCCCUCUCACUGUGCAGCAAGCCGCUGGCUGGAGAAGUGGUGACCUCCCAACCCCCCACUUUGUAGUGCUCCCACCUCCGCAAUAGGAAUGGUUUCAGUCCCGCAGCGUGCGAAGUUCCGGGUCCCCUAAGGGAAGGAACAGAGGCUAUUUAUUACUCACCUCCAGCGCGUACGUGCACGGGGUAUCCCUUCGGAUAAAAAUACUCGCUGGCGCUCGGCGAGCUUCCUUCCUCACGCGGCUACAAAACCUCUUGGCGGCCUCCUGGCCACGCAGCACAGCGCCGGCGGUUGCGAGCGUCAGCACGAGGUCCAGCCUCGCCGCCAGUCACGGAACGAACGCCAGCUCUGGACGUCUUCCUGCCAGCAGCAAGUCAACGGUGUCGUCAAGGGAGACGAGCGAAAAGAAAAACAAAAAGAUAAAAGUUGGAGAAACUUCUGGUUGUGAACUUGGAGUCGUUGUGCUCUGCGGUGUUGUCGGUGAUGGUUGUAUGUGAUGGUGGUGAAAAUAUUUCAGAGGAUAAGCGGGAGAAUGUUAUGCCGGACGUGACGGGUUGUGACGUGCUGAAAAAAGGAAUAUAUGGAUGAUCAGGAUUUUUGGUUUUGAACCACAUCCAACGAGACCUGCAGUUGUUUAAAAAAAAAAAAAAACCGGCACGAGUUCAUGAGGUGUGAAGCCGAUCAGUUGUUGGGGGAAUUUCUCUGGGGGAAUAAUUUCCUGAAAAAUUUGUGACAGCUUGUGACUGUGAAGCUGUGACGCACAGCUCCGAUCCCCCGAUGGUAGUCAGCAGCUGACUUCUUUUCCCGGACACGACGACCCAACACGUGGUGUUUAAUGACGUGUCUUACCGGAUUAUUUCCCUCGAAUGCCCUCGUCAAGCACAUGUGUGACUAGGAGCGGAGUUAUUUCCCUUGUGCUUAUUCGCUGCGUGUGUUCAGUCAAGUGAUCUCGACACCACUAACGCAAACUCAGAGUUGUCAAAAAGGAAAACAAAACAAAAAACACGCAAUAAGAAACAAUAAAGGCAAGAAUAUUUGAGGCUUUCUCGCUGUUUAGUUUCUGUAACUUGGUGAGUUGUUUGAAUCGUCGCCAUGUCCAGUUUAGGAGAUCGCGCUCUAUUCACGCGCCUGCUGCGCGAGUCAGUUCUGACACUUUGCCGAACGACGAUGGCCUCUCAUCGCUAUCUCAACGUCGACGGCAUCGUCUGCGUCACCACGGGUGAGGACAGUGACGACGAGGAGAGUACACGAUACCCCAUCGUCGUCAGGAUCCACGAAAAACUUCCUCGCCCCUCGGCUUUCCGCUCGGAACUGACCGUUUAUCCUAAGCCUCGCCGGCGACCGCACGACGCCACCUUCUACCCACAAUCCCAUCGUAGCAACAACAACAACUACGGUUCUUCAUCCUUUCUGUCAGCCGACGGUGGCAGGAGACCCGAAGCCAUGAUGAUAGACCACUUCAGUGACUACAAUUCCGGCAGGCAGUCCAGAGGUUCCUACCUGCCCGCCGACCUGCUCGGUGACCACGACAUAGAGAACAAAGUGCCCAGCAAGCUUCCGCGGUCUUCCAUCAACGACGGCCACUGCGAGAACUUUCGCCAGUCUUCCGAAAAAUCUGACCAAGAUGUCCGUACCCACGGCGACCCAUUUUUGCGGGCAAGAAGCGCCUCCGAAUCAGUCCUGGCCGGCAUGCAGCAGGACGUGGCGGACACGCUACCCCCCAAAUCCAAGUCAGCUGAUCACGUGAUUUCGCGCGAGAAUAUGCAGGUGCCGACCUCCUUCGCUGGACCCGAGCGCACGAGUGAGGAUGCCGGGUCGAAGGUUGCAGCGCAUGGGGGCGAUGGUUCUCAACCUUCCCGCGCUGCUUUGCGGCGUCUGGCUUGUCGAGUGUGCGAAGAGAUCUUCCUGGACAUCCUGUCGCUGGAGCGGCACAACUUGCAGCGCCACUCCCUUUACACUUGCAGCAUGUGCACCCACACCUUCACGGCGCGCAACAACCUCAAGCGCCACGCGCGCAUGCAUUCCGGCAUCAGGCCUUUCAAGUGCGGCACGUGCAGAGCGGCCUUUGCACGCAAAGACGAUCUCAAAACGCAUGAACUUCGCCAUGAGCGCCCUAACGUCCGCCAAACACUCCGGGUGUUGGAGAGGACCGGCUACAGUCACGGUCACCUCGUUCCCGCGGUUUCUAUGCACGCCUAUGAGGCUGUAAAGCACAAUGACAAACUCCUGCUGCGUCCCAGAAAAGCAGCGCAUGUCGGUUACAACGAAUACCCGCAAGAGUGCGCUGACAGCAGCAGCUCGGAUUUGACCCUUAAGCAACUGUGCCAAGUGCAGAGUCACAACACCCGCGCUCGCAGCAGAGAGCCACUGGAGGCGAGAGUCAGCGGCGCCACGGGCAAGGAGGAGCUGGACAAAGGCCCGUGGCUGAAGGGACGACGACGAGCUCGAAGAAACAAGUCGAGGACGAGGUCGUAGAAAACCUGUCCAGACAGUACUGGUGCACUGAGUGCCAGGUGGGAUUCCAGGAUGAGGCCACGCUCAGCUUGCACAUCGCGGACACGCACGAGCCGACGGGAAGGGGCCAGCGAGACGGUGACCCCGGACAGGAGGGGCGGCAGCAGCAGCGGGAGGAGAGUCACGAUGAGGUCUCGAAAAGGGACAAAACUACUUCCGAAGAGACAGAAGGAGAAGAAAGGUUAGAGGGAGAGAGCGUGCCUGUGGACCUGACAGGGGAGAGAAAGUCGUCUGCUGGUCUAGAGGAAAAUGGAGACAAAACGAGCAAGCAAGGGGAGGAUAGUAACGAUCAAGAGGAAGAGGGAGCGGGAGCUGAGAGGGGAGAAGAGCGCCGGGUUAUGGGUGGUAGGUGGAUCACGCUGGAGAAGCCUGGUCACGAGAACAUGGGAACGCUGAAAAGUCUUCCCAUGCGUCAGGAGCAUCGCGGAGCUGAGGGUCAAUCCGACCCCCAGCCGCUAGCGACUGGCGCGGGUUCCACGACCAGGGUCUUUUCUCAGCUGACCUCUGCCCCCUCUCCCGCGCACUCUGCGUCUCCUCUACGGGUGAACCUCUAUAAACUUGGCUCCGGAAAAGACUGGCAACACCACCCGAAGCAUGUUCACUACAGGCAACAUCCCUGUCAUCACGCUUGGUCAAGACAGACCUGGACAUCACCGGCACUUGUGGCUCGCCACCACUAUCAGCUGUCGACGCCCGCUUCGACCUCGCUGAGGGUAAAGGUGGUCUCUCCGUCCGAGAGAAG